GGAGUGAGUGGAGUCAGUCCAAUAGCUCAAUUAAAUGAAGUGUGCGUGUUUCACCUGUGGCUGUGAAUAGAGUUCACUUUGUAGCGAUGGUUGAAGACGGCCAUGGCAGGCAGAGCUCGGCAUGUCACGUGGAAAACCCGACAUAGUCCGACCGCUCACGAACUGCGGUCUCUUAGCAACCCCAGUGUUUGUUGUAUGGUUGCUGUAGAUGAGAUGUUCAUAGAGAGCACAGAGUAAAAAACUACUGAGUAUUUUUAGUCAGAAUGUUAAACAGUGAGUUGGACCGCACUGCGAGGGCGAGCCUGCAGAGGAGACGCGACCAUGAAGCUCAGAGGAAGGAGCGGGUCUUCAACCAUAAAGAGAGGACUAUCGGGGUUGACCUGGAAGCCCUCCAGCUGCAGAUAAAAGAGAAGAAGAAACACGAGGAGGCUGCAAAAGAGGAGCACAAUGCUUACGACAAUGAACUGCUCCAGAACAGCAAAGUGGCCAAUCUCCUUCAUAACAGACAAGUGAAGCAGAAGCAGGCGAUGGAAAAAGCUGUUGUUAAUUACCGGCAUCAGUUCCAGCAGCCGUGUACACAGCAGGGCUUUGAUCUGAACAACCCAGACAGAAGAGAAACAGAGCUGGCUGAGGCGCAGAUGAUGCUCCCUGGCCUGGUGGGCGAAGAUCCGGACAGUGAAAACAGACGGCUGCGACAGAGGCAGCAGCUCAGAGGUUGGCUCAUGCAGCAGCAGAGUGAGCGAGCAUCAGAGAGGCAUCAACAAAAGCUGGAAGAGCAGCGCGACAACCAAAGCAGAGUAGAAAUGGACAACAGAGCUCUGCAACUGCACAGCCUGGACGCUGAAAGGAGAAAAGCUGCAGCUGUGGCCACUAAAGAGUUCAACCUGGCUCAGAUUGAAGAGGAGUGCCGUCAGAAAGCAGAUCUUACUGAGGAAGACUAUCAAGUAAAAACCGUGAAACAUCUGCAAGGACAGCUGACAGGUGAAGACGCCCCACAAGGCAUGGUGGGAGUUCCUGGUUUUUAUCCUGGAGAUGACAGGAGAACCUCUCAGGAGAGCGUACAGCAGGUCAUCCAGUUCCAGAAAAACCAAGUUGAGGAGAAAAAGAGGAUGGGACUACAGAAGAAGCAGGAGGAGGAGCAACACGAUCGUGUCCGUCUGGACUCGGCUCGUGCAGCUCUUCUGAUCGAGAGGCAGCAGGCCAGACUGAACAAACAGCUGAGACGACACCUGGACAACACCAACGUCCGACUGGCGGAAGUACACAAAGAACGGAAACCAGACAUUGAGAGAGGGCGAAUUGACAACAGCUUCUUCUCUCAGUUCAACACCUGCAGCAGAUGAUGGAGGACAAACUACUCUGAUGACUGCUCCGUCACAAAUCAGUGAAUAAACUCGAUCACAUCAA